CGUACCAUAUAUGGUCAUAUGGAAUGUUGGAGGCAAUUCAGAUCCUUGACCCAAAUCUCAUUCUCUGCAGCUAAGAUAUAGUGUGUUAUAUAGCAAUCCUUCUCUUUUCCUAAUAAUUUUCAGAAAACAAGGGAGAUGGAAAGAGCAACAGCUGCCAAAACCUUUAAUGACAGUUUACCUCAGAAAACACCCGACCGAGGAAACAAGGAUGCCUCUUUCUCGGCCUCUAAUCUCAAACCAGAUGAGCCCUUUAAUGGCAAACAAGAACAGCGUGCUGUCGAUGGAUGCAGUAGUACUAUAGUCGAUGAGAUUAGCAUUUUUGACGCUCACAAGUAUUUCAACGAUUCGAGUAAUAUUGGCGCUCAGAAAGUUAGCUGCAAUAGCAGAGUACUUUCCCGUGUGUUUAAUGUCAAUGUUGAGAAUUUGGAACGUGGUUCGGAGCGAUUAGAUCUCUCAGCAGCUCUUCCCGGCAGAUUCUCUUCUGCUUCGUCCUCCGUGGAUGGCUAUACUAAUGGUAGAAACUAUGGAGCUCGUUCUUUCCAUGCCACAACUCCGACAACUUCAUCGGAGGCUAGUUGGAACAGCCAAGCUGGUCUCUUAUCCAAGCCUCCUGGCGCAAUUUCAGUUUCCAUGCAGAAUGUUCGUCAUCUUGAUGAGAAGAAAGUUAAAGGUUGUGGUAGAACUACUGCCAGAUGGUUUUUAGGAAGAAAAUGCCCCUGCUCAGGCAAGAAAUCCGUUCAAGUACGCGAAGAAAAAGCACCAGAACCCAAAACCACCCCACCACCACUACCAUUACUGCAUCAACAUGAUCACCCCAGCACAGGUCCAAUCAUGAAUCUCAAAAGGCAGAGCUCCAAGUUAGAAAAUACUUUGGUCGCACCCAACAAAUGGAGCCAAAAUAGUCUUUUUCCUUCAAAUCUGCAGGGGGAGCGUGCUGUUGUGGUGGCCUCCGGGAGGCCCUUUAGUAGUACUAAUCAUGGUGCUGGCUUCACCUUUCCCAUACUAAAUCCGUCGUCAUUGUCAUCGACGGCGAAAUCCCCACCAAAACUGCCAGUUGAUAUCAAAGCUCGAGGCAUUAGUAUUAUUGAAGAUCCACCUCGUCAUUCCUUGGAAGUGUUCCGUCCCUCGCAUGAAACUAUCUCCGUUGAUACUAAUAAUAAUUCAUGCAAGGCCAGUCAGAAUUUUACGUUCCCAGCAAGUCCCAAGUCAAGAAUGAAUAUUGAUGAUGAAGUGGCAAGCGACGCCAGCUCCGACCUGUUUGAGAUAGAGAGUUUCUCAACUCAGGCCAUUUCCUAUCCGAUAACAUCCCACCGCAGAGAUUCCCUGGACGAGGCCUCCAUCUUUGAUGCAAGACGAUUGGCUGCUAACGGGUCUUUCUUGUUUACCAGGCGUAGCCUCGAGGAUCCAAUGACGCCGUCCAGUAUUAGUGAUAUUGCACGAAGAAUCGAGUGCUACGAGCCAAGCGAGGCUAGCAUUGAUUGGAGCGUGACAACAGCUGAGGGUUUCGAUCGAGCUAGCGUCGCAAACUUGUCAGUUGUCGCAUCAGAAUUUGUCGACGUUGAGACAAUGAUUAUGCAGGCCGGGAGUGAUCAACGGCCCGACCCAGAAAAAAGAAAACGGAGGUUGGCAUCGGCAUCGGCAUCAGCUUCGACAUCUGGGAAUGGGUUGUUGUUGAGCUGUCGAUGCGAGAGGGCGGUGAGCGUGGGGCCAAACCCAGUGAAAGGCAUGUCUACUGCUGAAGGACAUAGGGAGGGUCCACAUCUGUCAACGAAGUCGUCCACAUUGAGGCAUGUGGGUAGUAGGCCACCCAUCGCGAAUAAGCCACCGCUUGCAAGGUCUCCCCCAGCACGAGUGUCUCUUCCUCUUGCGACAUAGACAUAUGGAGUGCAGAGCCAUCAGUUUGUAAUACGAUGGGAUUUUCUAUGCCUCCAUGCCCAUAUUUUCCAGUACUGUCUCUCGUUUAUAAUUUGUUUUUCCAAAUAAUAAUGUCCGUGUGAACUAAUUUUUGUUGUUUUUAUCAUUUCAUUGCUCUAGUGUUUUUAUUAUGUAUGAAAAGAACUAUUCCGUCUA